AUGCGCUACCACGCCAAGAACACCCAGGGUAACGCCUGGCAGUACGAGGAGACCGGGGUCAGGGACGUCAAGUCGACCAAUCUACUCCUCGUGCGCGUCCUCAUCGCCAAGGUCGUGGACGAGGAGCGGCUUGCGCAGGUCAUGCGCAGCUCAUCGGGCGGGACAGGCGGGUGCGUCGGCACAUCGGUGCUGGACUGGAACGCGAUUGAGACGACGGCAAAGAAAUACGCUGGCGAAAAUACGGACGCUGGGCGCUUCAGGGACACCAGCAAGGUCCUGUGGCCUAAGCCCACGUGGGAUAUGCUCGACGGGAGGGAGCUGUUUCCGUAGCUGUUUUUCUUUUGUACAAAG